ACUAACGUCCAAUCGUUGGACCAAAUAUGUGGUGAUAAAAUUUGUUAGAUUUAACUAAAUCAAUUCAAAGGUCCUACUCGGUUAUCAAUGUGUUUCUCACCUUCUUUUGAUCAGAUCUUAUCUUCAUGUUCAUUGCCGCAAUUAGUAUAUUAUACAAGGCGUGCAUGAAAACACCACAUCCUCACUCCACUAUGUCCUUUCAAAGUUAGUUAGAUUCAACUUUAAGACCGUUUGGUGUACUAUUCUACUUGUCAAGUUUUGUUCUCAAAUCAUUUCUUCAACUAUAAUUAGAGUCACCAUACAAAGAUAGUUAGCUCAACACAACAAAUAAUAAGUACCAACCACCACCACCAUGGCCUCUAACACCAAACCAAACCUUCCAUGGAAGGUGACCUCCCUUAUGUCCAUUCUCAAUGCAAUUAACGAUAUCACCGGUCGUUCCAACGGUACCAUCAACCGUUGCCUCCUCGCCCUCAUUGACUUGAAAAUUCCUACCAGUCAUAAUUUCAAAUCCAACGGUGUCUCUUCCUCUGACGUGAUUGUUGACUCCACACGCAACCUCUGGUUUCGCCUCUUCAUCCCCUCCUCUACCUCCAUUGUUGCCGCAAAAUCUCUCCCCGUUAUCAUAUACUUUCACGGGGGCGGCUUUGCCUACAUGUCUCCAUCUUCUAUCUUAUAUCACUUAUUUUGUCGCUUUCUUUGUCGUUCUUUUCAUGCUAUUGUUGUCUCUGUUAAUUAUCGUCUUACCCCUGAACAUCGUUUUCCAUCCCAAAAUGACGACGGUUUAGAAAUCCUUAAGUUUCUUGAUCAAAAUGGUGACAUUUUAGGAAAAUAUGCUGACACUAGCAAAUGUUUUUUAAUGGGUGAUAGUGCUGGUGGAAACGUGAUACAUCAUGUCGCAGUUCGGGUUACCUCGGAAAAGCUCCAAGUUUUGAAGGUUAUCGGGUUGGUUUCAAUCCAGCCAUUUUUUGGAGGAGAGGAGAGGACCGAGUCCGAGAUUCGACUAAAAUGGGUACCCGUAUGUUCAAUGGACAAGACUGAUUGGUAUUUUAAAAUGUUUUUACCGGACGGGUCGAACCGGGACCAUGAAGCGAUUAAUGUUUGUGGGCCUAAUGCAAUUGAUAUUUCAAAAGUGGAUUACCCAAACACUCUUUUGUUUGUUGGUGGGUUUGACCCGUUAGUGGAUUGGCAAAAGAGGUAUUAUGACUGGUUGAAAAAAUCUGGAAAGGAAGUGGAACUAAUCGAAUAUCCAAACAUGAUUCAUGCUUUUUAUUACUUUCAUGACUUGCCAGAGACUCGUAACUUAAUCUCUAAAGUAAAAGAUUUUAUGGUGAAGCAAAUGGAUAAUAUGAGUUAAGGGUUUAAACAAUUUCAAAAUAUUUUGAAAAUAUUUUACACCCUUUCUUUCUUAUUAUAAAAAAAUAUUUACAUUUUAGAUUCAAUAUAGCUAGACUAUAAUUUAGUCUAGAUACGUCAAUUUUAAAAUAAAUUUAAAAAAGUAAACAUUUUCUUAUAAUAAGAAUCGGAGAUAAUAAUAGUAAGUUAAUUAGGUUGUGUUAUAGCCGCCACUCUUUCAACAAAAUCCUAUUUUCUCUUUGUUUUUUUCUUUUUCUUGUUCAUCUAUUAGGGAUGGUUGAUUUAUGAUCAAUUUUGAUCUGGAAUUAACUCUCUUUAUCAUUAUUUUAUUUCUUUUUAUUUAAAUAAGUUAAUUCCACACAAUUAAAUUGCGUUUGAGUUUUUUUCUUUCGUUAUUUCUUCGUCCGGUGUUGUUUUACUCUCAUUGUAGUGUGGAAUUGUUUGUUUUGAUUUUUUAUCUUGGUACAGUGUUUGUUUUGAUUUUUCGAUUUGUUACGGUGUAUUUGUUUUGUUUAGAUUUGCUUUGAUCCAAAUUCAGUGCAGAUUCAAUAACUUUAGCAUCAUCAAUGACUUUCCCGAUCAUUUGAAUUUUGUAAUAUCAAUUGUAGACUUUUUCAUUAAGUCAUUUUAUGCUAUUAACUCAGAUGUUGUGAGCAUAUUCGUAGAUUCAUCAUUUUAAAAUUUUAACGAACUUGAAUGUGUAAUGAACUCGAUUGGUGUACUUUACAAAUUUGAAUGAAUGAAGAUUGUUGAUUUUAUAGUAUAAAAAAGUUAUGC